GAGAGUUCCAACGAGAAAGGUCUUCAUUAACAUACAAGAGACAAUAACGUAAGUUAAAUAUUUUCUUCGCGUAGAAAUUCUCGCGAUAACAAUUGUUAUAUCUUUUUAAAGAUAGAUCAGAACAUAAUUGGUUACUAAUUUAUGUUUAGUUUAAAGUUUUCUUACAGGAUCUACGAUCUGACGGAUCAAAGUCGUGUGGUGCAUCGAUGAUAAAGGAGAACACAGUGUUAGAGUGUCUCUCCUCUCCCCCACCAUAAAAGAGAAUCCUGAGUUUAUACCUGGUGGAGGCAACUUUCAGCGGGUAGCACUAUAUAAGAGAAUGACGAACCGACCGCUCAUGAUAAAAGCUCGUGUGUGUUGUCAAUCCGGUAUACGUGCUCGUUGUUAACUCUCCUACAAUCUACCUUAGUGUUUGUCAACAGAAUGCAUCGAAUUUGUCUGCUGUUCGUAGCCGCAACAGCGGUUGCUCAAAAUCCUUACGAUUUAGAUACAAGAGCUGUUACUCUUUCUGGCAAGCAAACUUUAGGACCACUUUACACGUCAGCCUUAAAUGGUGGUCAAGGUUUUCGUGAUAACAGUUAUGAAGAUAACGCAGUAACACCAACUCCAUCGUCAGCACCACUUUACAGAAAUCCUAAUAAUCAACAACCUUUGUAUCGUAAACCAUCCCCAUCGCCACUCGAUGGUUCCCGUGAUUAUCAAUCGAAUGUAAGAGUAGGAGGAGGAGGAGGUGGCCCACCACGUGGACCUCUUCGUGGUGGUGGUCCAAUUGGUCCUAAUGGUCCGAUCAAUGCCGAAGAAAUCGAGGAAGAGAAAGAGGAACCGGAUCGUCUAACGCUUCUUCUCCCACAAAGUAAAUUCGAUUGCGUUGGCAAACAAACAGGAUAUUAUGCAGAUGAAGAUUUGCAUUGCGAGGUAUUCCAUUAUUGUCAUGAAAAUGCCAAACAUUCGUGGAUCUGUCCAGAAGGAUUUACUUUCCAUCAGGUUCACCUGAUUUGCAUGCCACCGAGCGGUGAUAUCAGUUGCAAGAAGAGUUCUCAGUAUCAUUUUGUCAACGAGUAUCUUUACAAACCAUUGAACUUGGCUGAAGCUGAAACGAAACCUAACGUGACCUUGAGAUACAGCGAGAGGUAUUAUCCAGCUGACAUAUAUACCGAUGAAAGAGAAGCAGGAGAUUAUCAGAUUACUCCAUCAUCGGCACCAUCGCCUGUUAGGCGUCCUUUGCAGCAGGUUUUCGUCGGCGGUCAACCAUCAGCAACAUUGAACAGCAUUCCUUCCUCGCCACGUUCUCAAAUCCAACUUCCGCAAUUUCGUUUACCGGUGAACCAAGUUUUUCAUAGCCCGGAAGAAGUGAAUAUACCUCUACAACAUAGACGACCACAGCCACAACAGCACCAAGCGAUCAGAAGAUUCCCGCAAGUUCGACCUGCGGAAGAAGACUACGAGUAAACUUUUCCAAUUAAUUUCUUUAUUUCCUUUUUUUUUCUCUCUCUUUUCUUUUAUUUCUUGAUCAUUACUUCUCUCAAAUUCAUCGACAAAUUCGAAAUACUCGGAGAUACGUUAAAUUUGUUUUAAGAAUCAUAUUUGACCUCUCAUUCUCUCCGUCAUUUCAUUCGUUCGUUUUUCAAUUGUUUUCUCUGCCAAUUUUAUUAUAUCAUU